AUGUCGGGUACACUCAUGUUCGACUGCGUCAACGAGACCGGUGGCCACCAUACCGGGUCUCCCAAGCUCGCGACAAACCACGAGGCAGCCCACGGCCUCUCAUUCUUGCCGCACAUCUCAAGCCUAUCCUCCAUAGGCUUCGCCAGCCAGCUGACGCCAUCGACCAUAUUCGUCCUCAUCCUCAUGGCCUUCUGCGCCCUGAACCUCAAGUCCUUCCCCUUCGUCUGGCACCUCCGCGUCCUCAACGCGUUCCGCUUCACCAUCAAGACCCUCCGGCCCCAUGUGCGGCCGCGGCCUUCGAUGGUCUUCCAGCCCAUCAUCACCUCCUCCUCGGCCGACCUCGCCGAGAUGGACUUCAACCUCCACAAGACGAACUCGUCUUACUUUGCGGACGCCGACAUCGCCCGUGCCCACCUCAUGUCCACCCUCUUCGCCCCUGCCAUCGAGCGCAUGCGCGGCGGCUCCGGCGCCUACACGGGCGCCGGCGCGCCCCUCUUCGGCCUCGCCCUCGGCGCCGUCUCGUGCUCCUUCCGCCGCGAGAUCCACCCGGGCAGCGCCUUCGAUAUGUGGACGCGCAUCCUCGCCUGGGACGAUAAGUGGUUCUACAUCGCCACCCACUUCGUCCGCAGGGGCGCCGGGAACCCGGGCACGAGCAGCCUGUACCCGGACCAGGCGCCGCGCGGCGGCCACCACCACCACAUUCACCACUCGACGUCGUUCAAGGCCGACAAGGACCUCUACGCUACGGCGCUGAGCCGCUGCGUGUUCAAGUCGGGCCGCAAGACGGCGUCUCCCGCCGACAUGCUUCGCAUGGCCGGGCUCGUCCCCGACGACGGCGAGGUCUCCUCAUCGGAUGAGUCGGACGACGAGACGACCGACGGCGAGCUGCGGGAAGUCGAGGAGCAGCGUCGGGGCGGGAUGAAGCUCGCGGCGAUGCUAACCAAGGAGAAUCAGCUCGCGCUUGAGGCCGAGUUCCACGACGGUGAGGGCGAGGUGCUCGGCAGGCACACGGAUGGGACGGGGGUCGCCGGCGUGGUCCUCACGCUGCUACAGCUGGCCGGCCUGAAGAAGAAGUGGUAUCUGUAG